UUCACCAAUACAAACACAGACAAAGUAGACAGCUAUCUUGGCUCUUUACUUGAACUUGGCGUCCUGAGAAUUGAUUGACCGGAAAGUGUAAAAAUAUUUGUAUUCUUUUGAAUUGUGUUUAUGAAAUCUUUUAUUUAUAUCAAAUCAGCUCUGUAAUAGAUAAUUUUGUUGGGAUAAUCCAAAUGUGGAGUGUAAAUCCCCGCAAGAAGAUUGCUAAACAUUUUCAAGGAUAAUCGGAAAUGAUUUCUGCACUAUGGAAAACAAAAGCUGUGAUGUCGACAACCUCACAAUCAAAGAACUGGAUGUAGAGAAAAUGAAGUCAAUCCAAGGAACUGGCAGUGUAUUAUCUGAUAAGUCUAACAUAACUGACUCUCUGAAAAAAUGCAUUGAAGGAAUAAAGGUCCCGGUCGAUGAGAAAAUAUUGACUGAUAUAAAAAGCUGUAAAAAUAGUUGUCCGUACUGUCACAAACAUUUCGAUGAUCUCAACGAACUAGAAAGUCACAAGGAGAUUCAUCUUGGUACGUGGCCAUUCACAUGUUCUAUUUGUAACAAGGGAUUUCUAUUCGAGCACUUACUUCAACUGCAUACUUUACGCCACAAUCGGCCCAUUUUCCCCUGCACAGUCUGCCAGAAAAAGUAUGUGUCUAAUUUAGCUUUGAGACGACAUGUCAUUAUCCUGCACAAGCAGUUUGUAUGCUCUUCAUGUGAUAAGUUCUUUGUUUCCAAAGAGAAUCUUAAAGCGCACCGCAGGGCAAAUCAUCCAAGGAUGAAGAAGAAAAUUGAGCAGUCGAUUUGCAAGGUAUGCCAAGCGAACAUCAAGGGAGGUGAAGAUGAAUACAAGCAUCAUAUGCUGAUGCACUCGACUGAGCGACCUUUCUCGUGUAAAAUUUGUAAGAAAUCGUAUCGUCGAAAAGGUUGUUUGCUGACGCAUAUUUCGAAAUGUUUGGGUGCUAAGCCUUACACCUGUGAUAUAUGUCAGAAGUCAUUCGCCCGCCAAUGUCAUUUCACAGAGCAUGUGGAGAAAAGUCACAACGGUACGCUGCCUUUCAGCUGCCCUGUGUGCAACAAGCGAUUCAAGGCCAAGUACAAUAUGGAGAUCCACCGGCAAGUGCAUACUCCGAAAGUGACGCCAGUCUUCUCAUGCAGCUUCUGUCACAAGCUGUUCUCGUCGAAGGGCCGCCUCAAGCGACACAAAAUUUCCGAGCACACUAGGUAUCGACCCUACUCUUGUUCUACUUGCUUGAAACUUUUCCUCUUCAAAUCUCAAUUAGUGAAGCACAGCAAAGAACACAAACAGGCCAAGCCCUGAAAUUCUAUUCUCAACAACAUACUUCAGUAUUAGAUUCCAGUAUGAUUAAAUUUUAUCUCUUUGUACCAACUUACAAAUAUAGUGUAGUAAGAAUAUAUUUAACUCAAGAGGAA